AAGCUGCGCGUGCGACUCCGCGCAGUUAGUGAUCGGCCGUGAGUGUGUGUGUUGGAUCGUAGUGCACGGUACUGUUAGGACAAAAAUAGAAAUGGAAUCCUCAAGAACGACCCUCUUCACCUGCAUAGUGGCCUGCGCCGUGGUGACCCUCGCGAGGGCGGCCAACGAAUACCUCCCCCCACAAAAGGGGUACAACUACGAACCCCCGAGCGUACCCUUCCCUACCGACAACAAUGGAAACAAGGCUCCUGGCCCCUUCAGGCCUCCACCCCCAUCGCGCGGGCCCGCGUACGUGCCCCCACCCCAGCAACCGAACCCUCCGCCGUCGCAUGAUCACUCCCACGAUGAACACCACCACCACGAGCCCGGCAUGCCCUUCGACUUCGCCUACUCCGUGAACGAGGACGGUAACGACUACAGCCAUAACGCUGUCUCCGACGGUGACGUCACCCGAGGCGAAUACCGAGUAGCCCUGCCGGACGGACGCACGCAGAUCGUGAAGUACACCGCUGAUUGGAAGAACGGUUUCAAUGCUGAGGUGUCGUACGAAGGCGAGGCCCGGUACCCCGACCAGCCGUCCGGUUACCCGUCCGGUAACGCCGCCGGCGCCGGUCCCGGUCAACAGUACGUGCCCCCUAGCCAAGGAGGCGGUUACCAGUAUUAAGUCUACCUAUACCUUAAAUCGUUGUAGACAAGAAUAGACAACGUUAAAGUUUAAAUCGACCUAAAGUUGCGUACAAUUCUGAGGAAAAAUGGUCUUAAAUAUUUAUACCGAAGAUUUAAGCAAGUACGUAUGUACUAUGCGUUUAAAGCACACAUCUUACUUAAUUCAGAAUCCUACCCCUUUACCGCAUGUUGUUCAAGAAACAAAUAAUUUUAUAUGUCAUGCAGGAAAGGGCUAAUUCAUAAACCGUAAAGUGUAACCAUGUAGAGGUGUGACUGCACUAACUAGGAACGUUUUUUUACAGUCUGGCAAAAAAGAGUAGAAAUUAAGAAGUGGCAACACUGUAGUGUCGUCCCUUUCAAAUCAAUCUAAGAAAAACGGGACGACACUACAGUGUUGCCACUUUUUAAUUUCUACUCUUUUUUGCCAGACUGCAGUAGGAUCCUUAAUUAGAAUGCCAGUUAGGACGACUGAAUUAAAUAAAGUGUGUGAAGCUAUUUAGCGAUAAAAUAUAUUAUUUUGUUAUGAGUGGUCUAUCGUUAAUUUCAUACAAAAAUUGUUAGAAGCGUAGUUCUCCGAUUCUCAAGUAAACAAUUUUAUAUAUUGAGAUUUGUCAAUUAAAAUGCUCCGGAGAUCCAUAGGCUAUUUUUAUAGUUCUACAUAUGAGUGAAAAUGACGUAAAAUUUAUAAUCAUGGUAAUAUUUUCUAAUUGUGAAAGCCACAAACUACUAAGAAGAUACUACGUGUGAAAGCCAACCGUGACAAAUCGACGAAAUUAACACAAUUGGAUCGUGUAGGCACUCCUUAAAUUGUAAAAAAAAGUAAAACUGUCAAAAGUAUAGAGGAUUCCCGCCAAAAUGAACGUGCUUGUUAUAAUUUUAAAACGAAAGUUACCAUUUCUAGUUUAAAUACAUAGAAUAUUUAAAUUAUAGUUACCAUUUUCGGAUAAAAAAUGUUCUCGAUUUUUUAUUUGUUGUUUCGAUGCUUUUUAACAAAAUCCUUUUUGUUUGUUUUGUGUUUUGUUUGAAAAUACAAGAUAAUUAUGUACCAUGUAAAGAUAAUUAUUAUUUCUAUUUUUAAAAUACUCAUAAAAACUGCCGUCCUAUAGCUAUAUUUAUUUGUAAUGUAAAAAUAAUUACAAAAUUGGUUAGUUAGAAAUAGAUACCUUUUGUACCUUAUUUUUAUAAAAUAAAAGAUAUUAAAU